AUGUAUACCAUUGGCCCCGUGGAGGCCAUGCAGCGGCACCCCGUGAUGGUGUACGUGCACGGAGAGUCCUUCGAGUGGAACUCCGGCAACCCUUACGACGGCAGCGUCCUCGCCAGCUACGCCGACCUUGUCGUCGUCACGCUCAACUACCGCCUCGGCAUCCUGGGGUUCCUGAACGCGAACCUGGCGCCGCACCUAAAGGCGCGGGUGGCGAACUACGGCCUGAUGGACCAGAUCGCGGCGCUGCACUGGGUGCAGCAGAACAUCGCGCACUUUGGCGGCGACCCCUCCAACGUGACGCUGUUUGGCCACGGGACCGGAGCCGCCUGCAUCAACUUCCUCAUGACGUCGCCCACCGUAAUGCCAGGGCUAUUCCACCGGGCGGUGCUGCUGUCCGGGUCCGCGCUCAGUAGCUGGGCGCUCGUCGAGGACCCGGUCAGCUUCGCCGUGCGCCUGGCGCGCCAGACCAACUGCUCCGUGCCCGCCGACCUCUUCCGCGACCACGAGAGGGUCGUAGACUGCCUCAGGGAGGUGCCGCUGGAGGAACUGCUGCGCGCGGACGUGUCGCCGCCGGCCUACCUGAGCGCCUUCGGGCCCAGCGUCGACGGCGUCGUCAUUCGGUCCGACCUGCCCCGCGAGCUGCUGUCGCGGUUCGGGCCUGGAGACCCCAUGGCCCCCGGCGGGCCCGGCGGAGGGAACGUCAAGCGCAGUGGAGACGCCACGCUGGCCGCGAUGGGCAGUACAGCUGGUGGACGUCGGUACGACGUGCUGUUCGGCGUGGUGACGAGCGAGGCGCUGUGGAGGUUCUCCGCCGCCGACGUGACGGCGGGCUUCGAGGGCGAGCGCCGCGACAAGAUCCUGCGGACGUACGUGCGCAACGCGUACACGUACCACCUGUCUGAGAUCCUGGUGACGGUGGUGAACGAGUACACCGACUGGGAGCGCACCGUGCAGCACCCCAUCAACACGCGCGACGCCACCGUCGCGGCGCUGAGCGACGCGCAGUUCGUGGCGCCGCUCGUGCAGGCGGGAGACCUCAUCAGCUACCGCAGCGUCGCCUCGCCCGGCCAGGCGGGCCAGAACAAGGCCUUCUUCUACGUCUUCGAUUACCAGACCAAGGAUGGCGACUACCCGCAGAGGAUGGGCACGGUACACGGGGAGGAGCUGCCGUACAUUUUUGGGGCGCCGCUCGUCGACGGCUUCAACCACUUCCCGCGCAACUACACCAAGUCUGAGGUGGGCCUGUCGGAGGCCGUCAUCGUCUACCUCAGCAAUUUCGCCAGGACCGGGAAUCCGAACGAGCAUCAGAAGCAGGAGCCGGUUUUGGCGGGCUCCAAAGAGCGGAAUCGUUUCCGAAGCAUCGUCUGGGACGAGUACGACGCCGUGCAUCAGAAGUACCUGGAAAUCAGUAUGAAACCGCGCAUGAAGAACCACUUCCGCGCCCACCAGCUGUCGGUGUGGCUGCGUCUGAUCCCGGAGCUGCACCGCGCGGGCAUGGAGGACGUGGUGGCGCGCCACAACCUGUUCCGCAACCACAACGACGUCGACCUGUACGACGGACCCGUGCGCCCGGAUCCGCUGUCGCGCGCCUACGGCUCCUACGACACGAUCGUGGCCGCCGCCGACGGCCGGGCCCGCAACGGCUCCAGUCUCGAGAAAUAUUACAAGCUGCUGAUGUUCGAUAACUUCCAGGUGUCUGUCACGACGAUGGACACUCUGAUGACGACGUGCGUGACAGUACAGCAGCAGGCGACCCACCACCUGCAGCAGGGCAACUCGACCGGAGACACGCUGGCCAGCUUGGAAGCGGCCGGUUACGCCGCCUACUCGACCGCGCUCAGCGUCACCAUCGCCAUCGGAUGCUCGCUGCUCAUCCUCAACGUGCUCAUCUUCGCCGGCGUCUACUACCAGCGCGACAAGACGCGUCUGGAGGUGAAGUCGCUGCAGCAGCAGCAACAGCAGCAGCAGCAACAGCAGCAGGCGCAGUCGCCGGGCGGCCAGCUGGGGCGCGUGCCUUCGGCGGGCAGCUUCGACACGUUAUCGGGGAAGCACCGCGCGCAGGGCCACUACCACGUCGGUCACUCGGGCAGCUCGAGCGUCGUGGUGGACGUGGAGCAGGACACGGCCGCCAUGAUGCUGGCGCAGAGCAUGCCGCUAGCCACGUCGCCGUCCCAUCACACGCUCACCAAGCAGCACCUGUCGGCGCCCGCGCCCAACGUGCUGCCCAACUUGCUCAAGGCGCCGCCGCCCUCGCCCAACGGCGGCCAACAUAUCACGCAAAUGGGCAAUAACGUGGCGCCGCUCCCCACCGGCGAGUCGGUGUCGUCGGCGUCGCCGCCCAACGGGUCUGCGACGAUGCACCUGUCGGUGCCGCGGCCGCCGCCGCCCCCGCGCAGCAAGAGUCCGCCCGAGGCGCAGCCGCUGCUGGCGGCGCCGCACCACCACCAGCACCAGCACCACCCGCACCAGCACCACCCGCACCACCACCCGCAGCCCGCGCUGCGCGUGCCCGCCGCCGCCAUCGACGAGAUGCGCGUCUGA